AGUGUCAUUACAUCUAGUGGACCUGCGAAUACCGAGUCACGCGAUUCGAAAUCAAAGUGCGAAACUCGAAUGCCAUUUUGAACUGGACGGUGAAACGCUUUAUUCUGUCAAGUGGUACAAAGACGGCAAUGAGUUCUACCGUUAUGUCCCGCGAGAUAUGCCACCAACACAGACUUUCCCGCUUCCUGGAGUCUCAGUCGACAUGCACAAUUCGACAGAAAGCGUGGUGGUUCUGUCUUCAGUUCAACUUUCAUCAACAGGCCUGUACAGAUGCGAAGUAUCCGGGGAAGCACCGUUUUUUGAAACAGUUACCGAUCACCAGAAAAUGACAGUAGUUGCCCUUCCAGAGGAAGGUCCGAAGAUAUCAGGUGGACGUCCUCGCUAUCAAGUGGGCGAUACGGUUCGUGUGAAUUGCACAUCGGGCAAAUCCAAACCAGCGGCGCAGCUUAAUUGGAUGAUCAACGGGGAACCGGCAGAUCCGAAAUUUCUCAAAGGGCCCGAAACGGUUGUACUUGGUCGGGAAGGUCUGGAAUCGUCCGUCUUGGGUCUGGAAUUCGUCGUGCGGCACAAGCACUUCAAAAGAGGCAACAUGAAGUUGAAAUGUCUGGCGACGAUCGCCACACUUUACCUCGUCAGCAACGAGGAGAGCGUUGAAGGAGAAAGGCCGCAGAAGGCGUCGGUGUUGGAAAGUCGAGGGACCGCGGCGCCGUCAGGAUCAAGGGCAGAUAGGGUGCAAGACAAAGGCUCUAAAAAUACAUUGAAACUAAAAGAGGAGACUAUCACCAUGGAUUUAGAAAAGGAAGAUCAACAAUGA